AGGGGCACGCCGCUGUCGCACUCGGGCAAGGGCUGGGAGAUGUUCACGAAUCGGGUGCUCGAGGCAGUGAGCAGAGAGCGGGACGGGGUGGUGUUCCUGCUGUGGGGCAAGAGCGCCCAGUCCAAGAGCCGGCUCAUCGACCGCUCCCGCCACUCCAUCCUCACCGCGGCCCACCCCUCGCCCUUCUCCGCCGACAAAGGCUUCUUCGGCUGCAAGCACUUCUCGAAGGCCAACGAACUGCUGAUAAAGGCGGGCCAUGAAUCCAUUCGCUGGGCUCUGGCCGACGUCGAGCCCCGAUACAACGUUGGCGCUCUUUCGGUGGAAGAAGCGGCUCUGGGUGUUGAUGACGUUGACAGCGCGGACGACGAUGAGGUCGGCGACAGCGGCACGCAGGUCGAAGUGCCCCCCGGGGCGAGCGAAGCGAGGAAUCUCUUCGAGGGCCUGGUGUUCGUCGUGUGCGGCCUCAUCGCCGAGAUGCGCGACCUCCACGCCAAGAUUCGCCAACAGGGCGGCGAAGUGGCGCACAUCGUCUCGGCGCAGAUCACGCACAUGGUGACCACUCAAGCCGAGGUGGACGCGGCCUCCUACAAGGUGGCGCGGGCCAUGGCCUACGACCGGGUGCACGUCGUGUCGGCCGACUUCAUUCACGACUCCAUCCGCGCAGGAGAGCGUUUGGCCGAAGCCGCCUAUACCCUUGCCCAGGCCAGCCCCCAGUCCACCGGUACUGUGGCAGAGGGCUACACCUCGUCUCUGGCGAGAAGCGAGCUUUCCCACAGGACCAAAGAGCUGCCGGCCUUUGGUGUGGCGGAGCAAGAGCAGAAUGGGCCUGGCCCAGUCGCAGCGGCGCAGGUGCUGGACUGGCCUUCCGCCAACCCCUCGCGGCCGAUCAUUCGGGCAAAGAGGAAGGCGGUCGUGGUGUCACGCCUCUCAACACCCGCGUUCCAGUUUGCGGCGCCGCCUUCGCAACUGUCGCUGUCCGCACCGGCCCAGCAGGCAUCGACAGGGGUGCAGCUUGCGGCCUUCGGUGCCGCGUCGGCAUCGCCUUUGGUCACCCCAGCGCCCGUGCCUGUGGACUCGACCGACGACGUUCUGCCGAAGCCGGCCAAGAAGGACAACUGGCGACCCCACUGGGGCCUCGUCAAGAUCUACAAGGCGGAUGACCCGCACGCCCCGCACUUCCCAAAGGACUAUGACAUCGUCCGCAGGGACGUACUGAACGUGACUGAGCUGAACGAGAAUCGGAACAAGUUCUACAGCAUGGAGCUGCACGAGGGCAAGGAGAGGGGCAAGAGCUACUUCCGCAUCUACACCCACUACGGACGCACCGACCUGCUCGAUGCCGACUCACAAUCUGGUCUGGAUUCCACCGGCGGCGUGGCCGAAGAGUCAUCGGACCUGUUCGUCGAGCGCAAGGAAUGUCGAUACCUCCACAGCCUCCAGCAAGCCAACUGGAUCUACGACCUGAUCUUGGAGGACAAGUCGGACGCCGAGGCCAAGGGCUACAAGUCCAUCAAGCUGGCCGCCGCCACUGUCGGCUCAGAGAAGGGCCGGGCCGUGGACCAGCACCCCAGCCAGGCCAAGGUCGCCCGGGCCAAUGCCGACGGCGAAGAGCUCGCAGCUGACGUGGCAACCGCCGCCCAGUUCACUGACCAGGUGAGGCAGCUGGUGAGGGACAUCUACGAAGAGGCGACGAACCAGCUGACGAGCAAGGUCUCGGCGAAAAUCACAGCGCGCGGGCUCGAGACGCCGCUCGGCAUCCUCGACCUGGAGCAGAUCGCCGAGGGCGAGGCCAUCCUGGGCCGCAUCCAGGACCACCUCACCUCGACCGGCGGUUUCGUGGACCAGGGGUCAGUCGCCAAGCUCUCGGGCGAGUUCUACACUCUGAUUCCGCAUCGGCUGGGGCGCUCAAAAGCCGAGAUGGCCGCGGCGAUCAUCGACACGAUCGAGAAGCUGGAGGAGAAGCAGGAGCUGCUCCAGCUCAUGAAGGACGUGCUCAAGGUUAUGAGCCAUGUGCGAUCAGGCCGCGAGCAUGGUGGGGCGGAUCCAGGGGAAGACCUGGAAGUGCAGAUCAAGUACAAGGCGCUCAACUGCGCAAUAUCCCACGUGUCUCACGGUUCCCCCGAGUUCAAGGGCGUCAAGAAGAUGAUCAGGCAAGAUCUGGACAGCUCCAGCAUUCGUCUCGUCAACGUGUUCAAGGUGAGACGUGAGAAGGAGCACGAGCGGUUCACCCAGACUGUCUUCAACACGCGCUACCUCUUCCACGGCUCCCGAAUGGGUAAUUGGCUGGGGAUCCUGUCACGUGGCGUGCUUCCGCCGAAGCGGGUGACCACCCUGGGCGUCAAGCGGACGGACGAGGGCCUGCUGGGUGCGGGCAUGUACUUUGGCGAGACCGCGGCCACCAGCGCCAAGUACUCGGCUGUGGGCCAGAAGGGCUACCGCAUGAUGCUCGUCGCCACCGUGGCGCUCGGCAAUAUCAAGGACUACCACCAGCCCAACCCCGACCUCACCAAGCCUCCGCUCAACUUCCACAGUUGCCAUGGCGUGAAGUCGACCCCGUACGCGCCGACCGGCUUCGUGGACAGCGAGUACGUCAUCUACGAAACCGACCAGCAGCGAAUCGACUACGUCCUCCAGUUCCAACUGCCCGAUGACCCUGUCCCUCCGGCUCCCGUACCCGUGAGACCCCCAAUUCAAAUGACCUUUACCAAGAGACUACACCACGACCCCAAGGUCACCGCGUCGAGCCAACGAGCAACGGCAUUCACCGCCGCCCCGCCGCUGGAGGUCAAGUCGCGUCAGUGGUUUCCUCCAUCUUCGGCGGCCCAAUUCGCCUCCCCGGCCCGCUACGUGCCGUCUUCGUGUACGGCUCCCUCCGUAUCGACGGGCGCCACGCCCGGGCGCUCGCAGAUCUCACCGGCGCCGGCGAUCACAGUCGCCCCAACCGGGCGAUUCCAGGCCGCCGCCAGCACGACCGCUAGCGACGGGCUCACGCCGGUGAGCGCCCUGAACCCCUUCUCGGUCGCGUGGACGAUCGAGGUCAGGGUGGUCUAUCUGCCGACGGAACUGUUCAAGUGGCAGAAGAACGGGAAGGAGGGGCGCCACUUCUGCUGCGAUCUGAUGGACAAGAACGGCGACUGCAUCCGCGCCGUCGCGUACAACGCCGUAGCCGACGAUAUCUUCCCUCGGCUCAAGGAGAACCAGAUUUACAGGAUUUCCGGGGGCCACUUCAAGGUGGCCAACAAGAAGUACUCCAAGCUGAGUCACGACUACGACCUCACGUUCGCAACCACCACUCUGAUUAUCCCGAUCACCGAUCCCACGCGAAUCGCCGCGUUCCCCACGCAACAACCCGACUUCCUCCCCUUGUCGCAGCUGGCCUCUCGCGAGCACGACGAGGUCGCGGUGGGCCCAUUGGGUAGCAUCACGGCCAGAACGACCGGGAACGUCAUCCCCAAGCGUAGCGUGUUCCUGGAGGACCAGACCCGGUCCAUAGUCGAGCUCACCCUCUGGUACGACGACGCCAAGAACGCCGCGACCCUCUUCAAGAAUGGCGACGUGCUGGCUGUGACGGGGGCGUGGGUGAACCGGUUCCGCGGGCACACGACGCUCUCCACCAAGCACGCCUCCUACAAGCUGCACGUCAACUCCUCCGCCUUCCCCCAAACCGCCGCCCUGGUCCAAUGGCGCAGAGAUCAAGAGGGGGAGAAGAAACGGCAAACAGAACAAGCGCAGCGCGAAGAGGCCCGACAAAGACUGCAGCAGCAGCAGCAUAGGCGGGAGGAGACUGCUGCGCAACCGCCCACGAGCGCCUGCCCCGGCUGGACCACGGCCCGCGAGCCGCUGUUGUCCAUGCAAUCCACCAGCGGUGGGCCUCGGGACAGGGCGGCCGACGACUCAGCUGAGUGGGAGCGGUCGUCGUUCGCGUGGGGCCUGCCCCGGUCGAGCACGACAAGUUCGCGCAGGAGACGGCGGGCGCGCUGA